ACACCAGACGCAUGCUUCCACUUCCGGUGACACAUUUUCAUGUGCGAGAAUGUCAUACAUCUCCAGCCUCCAUCAAGAAAGUAUGAUAAUCGUCUUCAAUGAAUGAUGGAGUCCAACACAACCUGUAAAACUGUCAAUUUUGAUUUUACGCACAGAUUUUUGCCCUCAGUCUACGUGAUUGUUUUCACACUUGGAGUAAUUGGCAACUGCAUGGGACUGAAAUCUGUGUACGAUAACUGGAAGAAAAUGGGUAAUAUAAAUAUAUUUGUGGUCAACCUUUGCCUGGCAGACAUUCUAUAUCUUUUCACUUUGCCUUAUUUGGUGAUUUACUACGCAUUCAACAGCGAAUGGAUAUUUGGAGAUGUUUUCUGCAAGAUUAUAAGAUUGUGUUUCUGCAUCAAUCUAUACGGCAGCAUUGGUUUCCUCACGUGCAUCAGCGUUUACAGGUAUCUCGGCAUCGUUCACACUUUGAGGGUUAAAGGCAGGAUUGGAACAAAACAUUCGGUGGUGAUUGUUUUGCUGGUGUGGUUUUUGGUUUUUCUUCAGUGCCUGCCAGAUAUGUUCUUUGACAAAACCUCCAUCAACAAAACAACUUGUUUUGACACAACUGCGGACCAGUACAUAAGGGAAUACCUGAAGUACAGCAUCGGAAGGACGGUUGUUGGAUUCGGGAUCCCGUUGUUAAUAAUGGUAUGCUGCUACGGACAUGUGGCGUUUACUCUGAUGACUAAGAAAGACAUCGAUGUCAUCUUGAAGCUGAGAUGUCUCAGGCUGGUUGUUAUCCUGACCCUGCUCUUCUCUAUUUGUUUCAUUCCUUAUCAUAUUUUUAGGAAUUUAAACCUGGCAACUCGAAUCUCCAAGCUGGACGGCACGUGUAAGAAAUGGUAUUCUAAUGUGUACAUUUUAAAUCAGGUUGGUAAUGGAUUGGCAUGCAUGAAUAGUGCGAUCAACCCACUGGUUUACCUCUUUAACAAUGACGAACUGCUAAUGAAGUGUUUUAUGAGGUGCAGAGGAGCACGUCAAUCUUCUGCGGUCUCUCUUGUGGAGGAAUCUCACUUUCAGAAGCGUAAUAUUGACAGCAUGGCCAUGAAAUAGAAUGGAGAUUCUUUGUGUGAUAACUUUCUUCUUGCCUCGAGGACAUGACUGUACGUCUGAUGUGCAGUGUAUAAAAUGGUUCUUAUCUCUUGUGACAGGAUAUGCGCUUAAUGCUUCACUGUACUCUGUAAAACAGAACUGUUUGUUUGUUUGUUCUUAUUGUGUCUCAGUUCAAAGCAAGGCCAUUUUUAUGGGAUAAUCAUAGCUAAAUGUGACAUUUUUAUGCCGCUGUUUUACACAGCAAUUGCAAUGCUUACAUGCACUGAAUGAUAGAAAAUACAUUUUUAGGUUUUGCAUACGUAUUAUAUUUUUAUGUACAGUAAAUUCAGCUGAACUUACUUCAUAACUGAGAUAUUUGAGUUAUAUUCAUAAAUGUACAGUAAUGCUCUUGUUUCUAUGCAACAGGCAACUGCUGUUGCCAGUGGUUUUUUCACACAAUAUAGUGCAAUUGAAUUGUUGACAGCCAUAUUAAGUUAUGACACACACCAAGAAAUGACUUACUACUUUUGUGCCAUGUGGUAAAAACAGAACAGAACGAUCCUAUUUUUGUUCAAGAUAGAUUGAAAAAAUAUAUACUUGCAACCAAACACAUGUACAAAACUAUGUAAGAAAGACAUUAAAUACCAAAAAUAUGGGUUCACUUGGAACGAGGAUAAAUGUGGAAAUAUUUUAAUAUUUAAUAUAAUAUUAUUACCAUUUUAUGAACAUUUUAGUUUACUUUUGUAAGAUAAAUAUUUUAGUUCUGUGUUGUUAAAACAAAAGGCAGUAAAUUUAUUCUUUAUCCCAUUAUUGUCUUUAUCACAGAUUGUAAAUGUGUAUUAUUGUUUUGUAUGUCUUUGUUUUUUUAGCAUUGAGUUGUUUUUUAAAUACCAUGCACCACAAGAUCAAAGUUAAGAUCAAGUUUGUCAACGCAAUAAAUAUUGAUGAUUUUUUUUGUC